CCACCUCUGUAGAUGACAGUUGAGUGGUGCUCAGAGAAGGACCCUCUGCGCCCCCUUGGUGAGCAGGGAAGAGAGAGCCAGGGAGAGGAGCAGAGAGAACCGUUUGUCUGUAUGUCCCUGCCUGUCUCACACAGAACAGUCAUCACCCAUUGGACUAGUAGCUGCACAGUGGUCCACUGGAAUAACCUGAAGUACCAUAGGGAUUUCUGGGUUUCCUGGAAUGAGCUGGUUCAGUCUACAGCACAUGAUUUACAAGCUGAGCUCCCGCUGUGUGUCAAUGAGAUCCCCUUUCUGUAUAAAUAGUCAGAGGCUCAUGCCAGUAUCCAUCAGCAGGGUGAUUCUGGGAGAUUAAAGGAGAUGAACAGUGCCUUUCUGGGAAAUCAGCACCUAUUGGACACAGUGACAAUCCCCCUUGGAAAAGCCUGAAACAUGGCACACAUCCAGAAGAAGACCAGUAGCAUGUCCCUGACCAUCUCCAGCUCCUCAAGAGCAAUCUCUUCCUCCUCCUCUUCCUCUUCAUCCACCUUGGUCCAGCAGCAGAGACACUCCAGCCUGGUGCAGCCCCUCUGCAUCAGCCCCGAGAGGACACAGAGUCCAUCAUAUUCCCAACAGCAUUCAGGGAGUGGUGGAGUGGCCCCUACUUUUGUCAAGUGUCUCCACGACGUCAGCACGGUCAAGGGUCAGUUGGUGGUUCUAGAGUGCCGUAUUCGUGGGACGCCACCACUGCAGGUUCUGUGGUAUCGCGAGGAAGAGCAGAUAGUGGACUCUGCUGACUUCCGCAUCCUCCGAAAGAAGGCUACUUCUGCAUCAGUGCCAGAGGAGCUGUGUACCCUUGUCAUCACCGAGGCCUUCCCAGAGGAUUCUGGGGUGUUCAAAUGUAUAGCUGGGAAUCAGUUCGGAACAGUAUCAUGCAACGCCAUACUGGAGGUGUACAUUGACCUGGAAGAGCAGAUGGAGAAUGAGCAACCCAUGGAUGAGCAGCCCUUGGAGUCUACCAGGCUGGAACAUGAUGAAGUCCCCUCUUUGCUACAAGACGUAGCAGCGAUUCCACCUCCAGAGUGGCCCGAGAGCCCAGUCUGCGAGAUUGACCCCCCACUGGAAGAACAGUCUCUAGAGCCUGAGCUGCAGCCACCUAGUAAAACCCUAGAGGAACCGUUCAGUCCAAGUGAAAAGAGUAUCCACUGCUCAGAGAGCCAGAGGUCACCUGAAGCCCGCACGCCCACCCCACCCCCGCCGGCCUUAAAAAUAAAAACGACCCCCAAACUGUUCACUCCCUGCAAGCCCAGCUUCCAGAGCUCAGGAUACUCUGGAGGCAGCACCAUGAGUAGCAGUGUGGCCGACCUUCCCACCUUCACCCCCAGCCUCUUUGCCCCCAGUGCCUUCAACUAUGCACGGCCACGCCAGUUUAUCCAGUCCCAGCCGGCCUUCCAGGCCCCCAGCUAUGAUGUAGCCCAGGCUCUGCCUCAGUCCAAUGGGAACAGCAGCAAGGCCUCUCCCUCCUCCUCCAAUCUGAGCUCCCCUAUUUCCACUCCUGCAUUCUCACAGCCGCCAGUGUUUCCCCAUGACCCUCCUCCUCCCUCCGCUGCUGCCCAGCCCGUGUCCCCCUCCCGCGCCCCCAUGCGCUCCACUAUCACACUCACCCCGAGGGUCCCCAGUGCUAAUACCAGUGUCAGUGUCCCAGCCCCAUCUGAGCCCAAGUCCCAGUCCUCUUCAGCUGCCUUCCUCUGCUCUGUCCUGCCCUCUCAGUCCACCCCACAGUACAAGCCUGCACCCAUGUCCAUUCCCCAGCCUCCAUCACCAGCUCACUCCUCACACUCCCCCAACCCUCCCAGCCCCCUGCCCAAGCCCCGCUUUGAUGCCCCCCUGCACAUGGCUCUCCCUACUCACAGCCUGCCUAUGAGUCGGUCUCCCCACUCCCAAACUCCCACCACCGUUUCCAUGCCACAGCCCUCCUUUCCUCCUCCCUCAUGCGUGUCUCUGCCUCCUAGCUACAGAGGGACCCCAAACAUCCUUCCAAAGCUCAUCCUGAAGAAGGCUCCUGUCCCUCAGCCAGUGUCCCACAACUCGGAUGAGCAGAUCCAGGGUUCCAAGGACGCCCUGAUCCAAGAUCUGGAGAAGAAGCUACGCACCAAAGAAGCCCGCAGGAGAAACAGCCAGAAGUUGUCCUAUGAGGAGCGCAUGGCUCGAAGGUUGCUGGGUCCAGAUAACGCUGCUUCUGUCUUUGACUUUGAGAAUUCCUCCGACUCACAACUCGACCAGCCAGAAUCACCAGAGGGACGUAACACUGGAGGAAUAUGGGGAAAACACCAUUCUGGUACUGAUGGCAACGAGGGCUCGGCCAUCCAGGAGAAGUGCUAUGCCCCACGUUUUAUCCAGGUCCCCAAGGACCUUACAGUGGAGGAGGGCAGGUUCUGCAGGAUCGACUUCAAGGUGGGAGGUCUGCCUACCCCAGAUGUGGCCUGGUAUCUCGACGGGAAGGCCAUCCGCCCGGACGACUACCACAAGAUGCUGGUGUGUGAGAAGGGCAUGCACUCCUUCAUCAUUGAGAUUGUGACUGUGCAUCAUGCCGGUGUCUACGAGUGUAUUGCCAGAAACCGCGCUGGGGAGAACCGCUUCUACAUAAAACUGGAGGUUAUUGCCCAGGAGAUGCUUCGCCCCCCCACCUUUGUCCAGAAGAUGCUGAACUCUCGUGCCCUGGAGGGGGACACGGUGAGGUUAGAGUGUAAGGUGGCUGCCUCCCCUCCACCAAAGCUCUUCUGGAAGAAGGACAAAGACAUGCUGCGCAUUGACCCCACCAGGAUGAGCCUUUACCAGGAUGGCACUGGAAGUCAGUGCCUGCUCAUUGAGAGGCUUGUCAAAUCUGAUGCAGGCUGGUACACCCUGUCUGCCAUCAACGAGGCCGGCAUGUCCACCUGCAAUGCCAGACUGGACGUAGGAACUCGCACCAACAAGCCUGCCCCCCCUACAGGCAAGCAUUUUAAAAUCCCCCUCAGCCAUCUCCCCGUCCUGACUCCAGACCCCACCCCCCAGCACACGGCCCCCCUGUACGAGAGCGAGGAGCUCUAGACAAAACUACACCAGGAGUGUAAUAAUCGUGGAUGUGUGUUGUGCUCCUUAUUAUAACUGCCUGUGUCCUACCACUGAGGCUGUCCUGUUGUCUGUGUCUUGGAGGAAACCAAUUGAGGUUUUGAGGAAGCGGGUAGAUGGACUCUCACAUUUGUCAAAUGCACUUUAGUUUGAGCCCUUCCGGUUUUGUGUCAAGGGCAUGCUGGUCAGAUGCGGGUUUCCCAACCGCACAUCCUCUUAGUGUGGUGUAGCCUUCCUGGCUGGUGCACUUGACUUGGCACAGACCUUUGUCAAAUGCUGUCCUGUGGUUUGCUGUUCUAGUGGAUAGAGAAUUAAUCAUGUAUCGUCUCAGACAUGUAACUAUCUUUGAAGUUCCUUCACGAAAGCAUCAUUUUUAUGACUGCUUUUUCAAGUGAGAAUGUGUGUAGCUGAUAUUUCUGUUUUUUAAAGGUCAAAUGGUUUUAUUGUAUAAGCUAUUUAUUGGACAAUUACUUCUAAAUGUAAAUGGUUGCCGUAACACCCAAAUUUACCACAACCAAGGUCUGAUCCUGACCAUUGAAAAACAUUUUGAAUAAGUUAUGUACCGUGUAUGAUGUGAAAUUGAAUGUAUGUGUAAUAAAGUUUUCAUGACCUUA